UUCGAAACCAGAUUCUCCAAUAUGGCCCGGCAGCUGAGUACCUCUUUUUCUGAUCUCCUCCUGUGUUUGGCGGCUUCCUAUGUUGCUUUGGAGUGGUACAAAUUAAACAAAGUUAAGGCAUCCGCCGGACUCUCCAUUCAGGCCAUUGCCGCUUUUUUUGGAAUCUUCCGUUUUGCGAUGGCAUACCCUGAGGGUGGGAUUAUUUUCAAGUGUCACAAAUUCAUGUCAUGGUUAGCUGCUGGAGCCGGCAUACCACUGAUUGCUAUGGAAUUCUGUGCUAGGUAUGGAUCAGCACUGCUAGCAAACAAAAUAGCUAUUUUCCUUUUAGCAGUGGUUGUUGUUGCUGCAUUUCUUCCACCCAAAACCAAAGAAGUGGCAACACAGGCAGCUAGUGGAUUUUCAAUGCUGGUGAUCUUGAUGCUAAGCUUUGUAAACAAGAAUUACUUUGGACUUGGAGCAGGGAUUACCUAUGUUAUUGCAGGACUUGUGUUUGGUUCUGAUGGAUCCUUGCUGGGAUUUCCCAAAGUUGACUGGCUGCAUUAUGCUUUGAUCCUGGGGAAUUAUCUUUUCCUUAGGUCUAUUUAAAUUGUCUCACUGUUCUUUUUAUAUAUUGAAUGUAAAGUGAGAAAUAGUCCAUUUUA